AUGCAAAAGGCUGUUGAGAAGGUAGUGUUGCCACCCAAUUACACGUCAUUUGAGACAAAGAUUGCCAAGGAAUUUCCCUAUAUGAAGGCUGAUGAGGAUGUGUUGCCAUUGCUAGAGUUCAAGAACUGGAUAGAGUUUGUUAAUGCAUGCAGACACUUCACCAAGCCUAGUGUUUCUGAAGAAGACAUUGAGAAAGGACACAAAUGCUUAGAAGAAUUCUGUAAAGGGCAUGAGGCAUUGUACAACCUGGACCUUCUCUCUCCCAACAUGCACCUGCAUCUGCACUUACACCAAACAAUGAUUGACUUUGGGCCCGUCUAUGGCUAUUGGCUUUUCAGCUUUGAAAGGUAUAAUAAUGUCCUGAAAAAUAUCAAGACCAAUCAAAGAAAUGGGUUCGAAUCAACAUUUAUGAGACAGUUUAUUGAAGAGUCAUGGAAGGGAAAUUUUGUUUGUCAACUUCUGAAACCUAUGCAUGCACUUGCAUGUUUUGAAAUUUUUGAUAAGUUCACUACCAACAACAACAAAAACAACACCAACACCAACAUCAACACCUACCUCUCUCACUCUUUCUCAAUUUCUGAAUAUCUUGAAGCUUCACAGAAUCUUUCAAUGACAAUUUGUGGAAAUGAGCCCAUGUCACCAUCUGCCUUGCCAUUGAAAACAAGAUCAGUAUCAUUUAUGCCAAAACAUGAAUAUGAUUGUCUUGUAGGAUACUAUCAAGCUGCGUACAAGAAUCCACAGAUCUCAAGUUGCAAAGAUGUAAUUGAUGACUCACCUUUUGUCAAUGACUGA